AUGUCUGCCAAGCACUUCAUCAACGAUCCAACUCACCUAGUGAACACAGCUCUCCACGCUCUUACACUCACGAAUCCUUCUAUUGCCCUCGAUGCUGAAAACAAAAUCAUAUAUCGUCGUCCCGGCCAUGCUCCACAGGUUUCUAUAAUUUCAGGUGGAGGCAGUGGCCAUGAGCCAAGUUUUGGAGGCUUCGUUGGAGAGGGACUGCUAUCUGCUGGUGUUGCGGGCACGAUCUUUGCGUCGCCCAGUGCAGAGCAGAUUAGGAAAGCUAUUAUGUCAAGAGUAGAUGGAGAGAAAGGCAUCUUGGUUACGGUUAUGAACUACACGGGAGAUGUCCUUAACUUUGGAAUGGGAGUUGAAAAGGCCAAAGCUGCAGGAUUGAACGUAAAGAUGUUGGUCGUUGGAGAUGAUGUCGGUGUUGGACGAGCUGCUGCUGGAAAGGUCGGCAGGCGAGGUAUUGCUGGCACGGUUCUUGUCCACAAGAUCUCUGGUGCUCUGGCUGCGAGAGGUGCAAGUCUGGAGGAUGUCUACAAAGUCGCGAAGUUGACUUCGGACAAUCUCGUCAGUGUUGGAGCUAGCUUGGAUCAUGUCCAUGUGCCCGGAAGAGCAGCUCCAGACCCCAACUCGAAGGAGAAUUUGGCAGCCGAAGAAGUUGAGAUUGGAAUGGGAAUCCACAAUGAAGCUGGAAGCGAGAGAGCUAAAGUCGAUCUUCCUGAACUGGUCAAGAGGAUGCUGGCGCAGAUGUUGGACUCAAAAGAUAAGGACCGGGCGUUCCUCAAUGUCAAUUCUAACGAGAUCGUUUUACUGAUCAACAACCUCGGAAGUGUCAGUGUGCUCGAGUUGGGAGGCAUUACUGCUGAAGUUGUUGGUCAAUUAGAGAAGUCAUACAACAUCAAACCUGUUCGUAUCCUAGCCGGAACUUACAUGACGAGUCUGAAUGGUCUGGGGUUCAGUAUAUCUAUCUUGAAUGUUGUCAACACAGAUAUUGGCGGACCAAGCAUGCUUCAAUUGCUUGAUGCUCCUUGCGAAGCUGCGGGAUGGACGGCGCCUAUCCGAAAGGAAACUUGGGAAGCGAAGUCGACACAGACAAGAGAAGGUGCUGAUGCUAAAGCGGAAGAAUCCAAGCCUAGUGGACUCAGGCUCGAUCCGGAGACGACGAAGACAACUCUCACUGCAGGUCUUAACAGAUUGAUUUCCGCUGAGCCUGAUGUAACGAAAUACGAUACUGUCGUUGGAGAUGGCGAUUGUGGCAUUGGAUUGAAGCGUGGUGCGGAAGCCGUCCUGAAGCUAAUCUCCAGCAACAAACUAUCUGGCGAUCCCGUUCUAGACCUCUCAAAAAUUGUCCAAGUCGUCGAGACAAACAUGGACGGCACUUCAGGAGCCCUCUAUGCCAUCUUCCUCAACUCUCUCGUCCACGCCCUCCGACAACAAGGCUCCGGCACCGCCAACGAAAAAGUCUGGGCUACAGCCCUGCAAGACGCCUCGAAGUCCCUUGGGACAUACACCCCGGCUCAACCGGGUGACAGGACCCUCGUCGAUGCACUGCAUCCGUUCAUUGAGACACUUGCUUCGUCUGGGGAUCUGAAGAAGGCAGCCGAGGCUUCAAGGAAGGGUGCGGAGGGUACCAAGGGUAUGAAGGCUAGUCUUGGACGUACUGUGUAUAUUGGUGGAUCGGGUUUCGAGCAGGUUCCUGAUCCGGGAGCUUGGGGCUUGAGUGAGUUCUUCCUUGGGCUUGCGGGCAUUAAGGGUGGUGAGGAGGGUUAUGAGAUGGUUUGA